UUUCCUAUCCGACCGCCAGUCUCUUGUACGGACGCGCUACGAUCGUCACGGAUUUUUCCCCCAUUCGGGUAUUCAUUUUUUCGAAAUAAUCUCCCGAGUGAAGUGUUAUCUUGAGAUAAUUUUUGAGAAAUUUUUUUUUCCGUUUUAACGGCACUGGAAUAUUUUAUCGUCUCGGUUAUUGCAAUUUUUCAAUUUUUGUUCUGUGAGAGGGUGUGUGUAGAGACCCGGGAGGAAAAGAAGUGCUGAGGGAGGGUUUAUUGGAAGUUGGAGGGAUAAAAUCAAGCUGUGGUCGGACCAACAUGGCAACUUACGCUGCGUACAGGCAUAUUGAGCUCGACAAUGUCGGCUACGGAAAGAAGAGGGUACUUAAACCCCCUGGUGGCGGUAGCAGUGAUAUUUUUGGUGGAGCAGCCGAAGACAUCAGUCCCCGUCGUGUGAAGAAUCACAAUCAAUCUCAGCUCGGUACAGCCCUCUUCGGCGAUGGUGCACCAAGUACAGGAAGCAACAGUCCCGAUUCACCCAGAUCAAAGCCCGGUAAUGAUUCUUACAAACGUCUGUUUGGCCCCCCCGAUCCAUCCACCCCCAACACGAAAAAUCACAUGCGAAGCAAUAUAUCACUAAGUGGAUCUGAAGAUAAUGAUUCACACGGUAUCAAAGUCAACGGAAUUAAUGGAGGUCUUAAGUGUAAUGGCAAUGCCAUCAAUGGAAAUGCUAAUACUAACGAUAUCACAGCAUUUAGGAGAAUCAAGCGAUUUCGAGGAUCUUCCUGCAUGCCUCGAAAUCCGGUUACUGGAGACGGAAUUGACAUAACGCCGAUCAGGCGCAGCGCACGAAAGUGUCGAGAUGGAAAUCCAGUGACUGGAACUGGCUACAUUGAGAAUGCCCCAUCCCAGAACGGUGGCAGCAGUGCAUCGAGCAUCAAUGGAGAUCAGAGAUCCACAACUGAUUCAUCACCAGCAAGUGUCAACAGCAAACCACGCGGUCGUGUGCCACCCGGUGGUUUUUCCUCCGGCCUCUGGUAAAUUCAGGCCGACAAAACAAAAUCAACAAUUCCAGACUGAAUCCGCAAAAUUCCACCAGUCUGGUGUCUUAAAUUAUUAAUUACCCAUCAUGAAAAAUUCAGCAAAAUAAAUUCCCAUGGAAGCAUCCAGAUUAAUUUCUGAUAGAAUGAAAUUCCACGAUGAUUAAUCAAUUCAUCAAUUAAUUGCGUGAUAAAUGAUUAAAUAAAUGCAAGUGCACCCUAACGUUUAAGUCAAGUGCUUUCUUAAUUCUGUGCCUUUUGUGUCUCACGUUUAUCUCUUACUUUAACUAUUUAAAAAAUAAUAAUUGUGAUUACGAGAAUUUCGAUUAUUGCUUGAUGAUGGGUAGAACGAGGCGACUCGAUCACGAAAAUUACUCCUCGAUUUUUUGAUUAUUGUUUCGUCGAUGAAAUUAGAAAAGUCUUUAAAUCCUUCAGAGCGAAAUAAUGAAGGCGCACUUUUUUACAUUGAUUAACUGUAGAUGAGAUUAUCCGAGUCUUGCGAGCGUGCUCUAUCGUCUCUCCUGUUAUAUUAAUUCAUGAAACGUGCGUAGAGUACUCAUUUAUUAUUCAAAUUUCUCUCACUUUUUUUUUCAUCACCCGUGAUCAUCGGUGUGCAUCAUAAAUUGAUCACGGAAUCUCCGGCAUUUUAUUUCAUUCUUUCAAUAACGGCACACAUAAUGAGCAUAUUUAUUAGCCUCGCGACUCGGUUAUGAGCCAACAAUUAUAAAUACAAAUGAAUAAAAUAUUUAAACUCACGAGUAUACACGAGAUAAAAAAACAUAAAGCGUAAAAACACUAUUACACUUAUUAAUUAUAUGUAUUCCUGAUUUAUUUCUAUUCUUUUUGUCAGAAAGUAAGUCAAAAUAUUAUUGAAUAUAUUGAUAACCCGUCAUUGUUUGGUGUGAAUUAAAUUGUCAAUGUAAUGUCACAAUUAGUCGUGAUUAUCCCUCCUUUUGUACUCUGGCAAUUAAUAAAAAAAAUUUUGUAAGCAA